GGCAGCCUGCUCCAGACGGUGUUUCCCUCUCCUUUCCCCGGGAAUGAUAAAAAUGGAUAUUACAAGGGGAAAUUUGGAUGAAAUUUCAAGGCCUGCAUCUAACUCAAGAAUUCAUCCUGUAAGCAGAGCUUUAAGUGCAUCUUUGGAGGUUCUAACACCAGAGCCGUGCUUGUCAAAGGUUUCUUCACCAGUUGAUCAUAAAGAAGACAAUUCAAGGAACAGUAGUAUAAAGGAUGAUAAAGAUGAUGAUAGUGAGAAGAAUGAAAUGAAGAAUAUGAAAACAUCUCCACAGUAUUCUGAGGGUGAAAUUAACUGCAUUUUCCAGCAUCAGGUGCAAAAUACUGAUGAGUAUCCAGCAAAUUCUACUGAUCUAGAAAAUACUGAAGAGAAAGAUGUAGAUUCUAUGAUUCAAGAAGCGAUAAAGAAGAUGAAUAAAUUGGAUAAGAUACUGGCAAAGAAACAAUCUAGAGAAAGAGAAAUUAAAAAACAAGGCAGAGAAGUGAGGGCAAAACUUUGGGAAGAACUUAAGUCUAUAACCUCACUAAGUGCUUCAGGAACUCAAGAGGAAAUAGAAAAUACAAACAAAUUUUUAGCUUUGACUUCCUCUUUGCAGGAGAUAGCUGAUCCUUCCCAUUCUGAAGAAGAUGGAAUGUUUAUUUCAGUAUUUCACACACAAAUUAAUUCAGAAGAUUAUGACCACAAUGAAAAGCAUGCUGUACAGGAUCGUCUAAAUGAAAUCGAAACAAGUGGCUCAUUGAAAAUAACAGAAAAAAUACACCAAAAAAGUGAAACUAGAAGUAAAAAUACUCAAGAUUUUAUUAAAAAGAACAUUGAGCUAGCAAAGGAUUCAGGGAGCCAACUGGUUAUUCUAGAGGAAGAGAAGAAAAGAUUGGUUGAACUGUUGAAAGAUAUAGAAGAUAAUAGCAGUGAACUUCAAGGCAUUGAGGGAGAAGUAUCUAGCUGGCUAAUACCAGGAGAAGGGUAUACACCUGAACCAAUGGAAUAUCAUCACCUACAUGAAAUAGAUGCUAAACUCCAAGAGGUACUCUCUAAUGGAGAUAUCUCUGCAAGUCACAGCUCCUGCUCAAAAGUUCCAAGCCAAAUUUAUCAGGAAUCUCUGGCUUAUGCAAACAGAAGUUUGAACGCAAUUCCUGGUGAGAAGGUCUUGAGAGACACACGUGAGCAACGUGAGCAACAAAAUCGACUUAAAGAGAUUAACCAACAGCUGAAAAAUCUGGAGGGAAAUCUUCCUGAAGAACUACCUUGUCUCUCUGAAGGGCAGCUUGUGACUCUUCUGGAAGAAUGCAAGCAGUUCCAAAGAACAAUAAGUAAUGUUACCAUGCCAGAAUCACAGGAAUCUCUUUCUGAUGGAAUAAAUCUCUCUUGUUACACAGCUCAAGACUCCACCCUGCUCUCCAGCUCCACUCUUUCCAAACAGUUAGAUGAAGCUGGUAGCAUGAGGAUGUUAACAGCUCAGGAGAGGGCUGGAAUCGAAAAUAAAAGUGUAUGUGAAAGUGCAGAGAGUGAAAUCUCUGGCUACUAUCUAAGUAAAGCACUGGCCAUUAGUCAUUUAUCAAAGGGUUCUCUGCCCCAAAUAGAAGAACCUGGUGACCUAGAAAGUUCACAGGAGAUGGAGAAUAAGAGUAAUACUGAAGGUUACUUUAUGUCAAGAGCACUCACUGCAAAAACAUUGAAAAAACCUUCUUUUUUGGAUGAACUAUUUGAUUGCAUCAGCAUGAACAAUGAACUAUCCACAGAGGCUGACAUUCCCAGCAUACCAUUGCAGACCAGAGGAGAUGAUCUGAAGAUUGAAGACGUGACACCAGAGUAGUAUACAUACUCCUACUUAUAGUCAUUUUUAUAAAGCCUUGGUAAAGUACAGUUCAGUGAUCUUCAUUAAUUUUAGACUCUGGAUACAGAGAAAUCAUCAUGCACAUAUACACUGAAUAUCUUAAUUAUUGCUGUGAAAUAGUUUCUUCUUACAGAGAGAGUUAUUAUUUUCAUGCAUUACAGAUUAACUGCUAAAAUAGAAUAUUCCACUUCACUGAAUUUCUGGUGAAUCUUUUACAUAAUAUUGUUCAUUGUUUUACAAGCAAUGUACAUUUUUCAACAUACAAUAGUAGAUAAACUGUUUAACUGAAUUUGGUAAAACUGAGUAUGCACUUGAAAAAUAUGAUGUCAAUUCUAAUAAUCUAUUUUUUCCUUUUUUUGCAUACACUUCAAUGUUUUGAAGAAAAAUGGUUAAAAUCUGAUGUCAGCUAUUCCUGUAAGCAAGGAAGUGGUGGGCACUCUCUUCCUAAUUCAACAAAGUACAUUAUCAUUUGCUUAAAUUUAAUCCAGUCACAACUCUCAUCAACAGGACUAUUCCUAUUCAUAGACAUAAGCAUAUGCCUAAGUACUUUUCUGAAUUAGAGCAAGAGUACUCAUCACUUUGCAGGAUUAAGCAGUACAGGUUGAACCUCUCUAAUCCAGCAUUCUCUGGUCUGGCAACGUCCAUGGUCUGGCAUGA